GUCUAAUCAUGACCGCAAAUCGCAUAUAAAUAUUAAAUACUUUGUCGUUGAUCCGGAAAUGGAAUUCUAUCAAAAACUAUCGAAUAAAAUAGGAAAUAAAUUCAACGAACUAUUCAAUAGUUCUACUCGACGCUAUGGUAUUCCAUUCGUGCUAUUUGUUGUCAUUGGAUCAUUUGGUCUCAAGGAGGUUACUUCGAUAAGGUAUAAGUAUCGUGACAAUGGUCCAUUACUUCACGAAGAAGCAAAGAAAGCUGGAAUUGAUAUAAAAAAGCCAGGCGAAGUGACCUUAGAGACAGUUUACGAGUCCAUCAAGGAUCUUGAUAUAGAUCAUUGGGAAAACAAACGAGGACCAAGGCCCUGGGAGGAGGACUCUGUGUCAUAGUAUUGAAAGGAAGAAAAGGAUACUCAGGAGAUGCCAAUGGUAUACUUUUCAUUCAUUUUAAUUCCACUUGGUACAGUGUUGCGGAAUAGAAUAUUUUCAUGUUAAUUCAAAAUAACAUGUAGAAAAAAGUAAGUGGACGGACAUCAUUUUUGUGUCCUUGGCGUAGCUGCGUUUUCGCUACAAAAAUAUUUUCUGUAUAUAGGUAUGUAUAUUUCGUAUGUAAUGUCUAAUUUCUGUCUGUUCCUUACAUUGAAAAUACAAUGAAUUCUUAAUACCAGAAGUAAUUAAUAAAGUAUUGUCAAAACUGGAUCGUUCACAUCAGUCGAUUUCGGUGACCCAAAGAACGGAAUGUCAUUUAUGAAAAAGAAUCAGAGCUGUUAAUGCGACAUCUGUAAUUUUUCAUUCACAACGUACAUCAAUAGAAAAAUCAUACGUGCAUGAAUUUCAAGUAAGUCGGACGUAAUUGCCAAAAUAGUGUUGAUAUUACGCAAAUUAAUUGAUACACUAUGUCUGUAAAACCGAUUUUCGCUUUUUAUAUCUUUAUUAACCUUUACAUGGGUGCAUCAAUUUUUUCUAAAAAAGAUACUUUGACUCAAUUUUUAAAAUUGCUUCAGUUUAUUAAAUGUAUGACAGUUAUUUAAAUAUUCAAAUUACUGCUCUAAGCAUGUGCACAAACGCAAAUGAGUAAUCUAC